AUGAGGGGAAAUCGUGGUACCGAACUGCCAGAAGACUUCUGGAUACCUGUCGCUCUGGACACCAACAACAUCACAGCACUCAGCCCCUUCCUGGUUCCUCAAGACCACUUGGGGAGCACGGCAGUCUUCUAUGGCAUGGCAGCAUUCAUGCUCUUUGUAUUUGUGGUUGGCACUGGCAUCAAUGUCCUCACCAUUGCAUGCACCAUACAGUACAAGAAGCUUCGGUCCCAUCUCAACUACAUCCUUGUGAACCUGGCCAUGGCAAACCUUCUUGUAUCUUGCGUGGGCUCCUUUACUGCUUUCUGCUCCUUUUCAGUGAGAUAUUUCAUCUUCGGACCAACAGCAUGCAAGAUUGAAGGCUUUAUGGCCACACUUGGUGGUAUGGUGAGCCUGUGGUCUCUUGCUGUGGUUGCUUUUGAAAGGUGGCUGGUCAUCUGCAAGCCACUGGGAAACUUUGUUUUCAAGCCUGACCAUGCUAUCGCUUGCUGUGCAUUCACCUGGAUCUUUGCACUGAUUGCCUCAGUUCCCCCACUGGUUGGAUGGAGUAGGUACAUCCCAGAAGGCCUGCAGUGCUCCUGUGGUCCAGAUUGGUACACCACAAACAACAAAUACAACAAUGAAAGCUAUGUGAUGUUCCUCUUCGGCUUUUGCUUUUCAGUUCCCUUUGCCACCAUUGUCUUCUGCUAUGCCCAGCUGCUCAUUACACUGAAAAUGGCAGCGAAGGCCCAGGCUGAGUCAGCCUCCACCCAGAAAGCAGAGAGGGAGGUGACCAGGAUGGUGGUCGUCAUGGUGCUGGGCUUCUUGGUGUGCUGGAUGCCCUACGCUUCCUUUGCUCUCUGGGUUGUCAACAACCGUGGGGAAUCCUUUGACCUGAGACUGGCGACCAUACCCUCCUGCUUCUCUAAAGCCUCUGCAGUCUACAACCCUUGCAUCUACAUCCUCCUCAAUAAACAGUUCCGUUCCUGCAUGUUGACGAUGCUGGGGAUGGGUGGAGGUGAGGAGGAAUCGUCAACAACAUCAUCAGUGACCGAAGUCUCCAAAGUUGGGCCUGCUUAG